UGCGCAAAAGAAAACACAGAUGGAGAAGGCCAGUCGGCUUGCUUUGUCACAGAGAGUCACCUUAAGCCCGUGUGACAACUCCCAUUCUGUCCCUUUGUGACAAGCUUAAUCACUAUAAUGCCCGGUCUCUGCGCGCUUUGUCUCGCCGUCGCGCUGGCUGCGCUCGCCCGGCUCACCGGUUCUGUGGGACCGGUGGUCCGAUGUGAGCCGUGCGACGCCAGAGCGCUGCAGCAGUGCAAACCGCUGCCGAAGGACUGCGCGGAGAGCUUGAGGGAGCCUGGCUGCGGCUGCUGCAUGACGUGCGCCCUCGGCGAAGGACAGGCUUGUGGAGUGUACACUGCGCGCUGCGGCUCCGGCUUGACCUGCAAGCAUCAGCCCGGGGAGAACCGUCCUUUGCAAGCUCUGUUGGAGGGACGAGGGGUAUGCACCAGCGCAACAAAAAAACUCAUCAGCUAUCUUAAGCCGGCGCAAAAACAAGAAAAUGCAGGGAAUCAAGUGGACGAUGGCGCCAAUGUGACCGUGACGGUCGUGCCUGCUGAGGAAACUGUGAACUGCGGGCAUAGCCCAGGGUCAAUGAACACUAGGCCUCCUCUGCACAACACACUUAUCCAGAAGGCUGAAAAUAGGAAGACGCAGAGCUACAAGGUGGAACCUGUGUCGGGAGGAGUCAGUAAGGACAUGCACAACUUCUCCCUGGAGAGCAAGAGGGAGGCUGAGUAUGGGCCAUGCCGACGGGAGAUAGACAGCAUCAUGAACAGCCUGAAGAUCAACAACGUGCUCAACCCUAGAGGCUUCCGCCUUCCUAACUGUGACAAAAAGGGCUUCUACAAGAAAAAACAGUGUCGCCCAUCCAAAGGCAGGAACCGGGGCUUCUGUUGGUGCGUGGACAAAUACGGGCAGCCUCUCCCUGGCUACGAUGACAAGCAGGGCAAGACAAAGUGCUAUCACCUGGAGAGUAAAUGAGGGGAGGACAGAUGAGACAACCCAUGGAUGGAGAGAAAGAGGGGACGGAGAGAGAGAGGAAAACAGCACAAAAAAGUCGAAAAAGGAAAUGGAACGAAAGAAAUAAGGGAAAGGGAACGAGGACCUGUUUUUGCUCUUGCAUGUAGAUUGAUGUAAACAUUUGAAGGAACUUUGGACCUUUUGUUUUAGGUCCCAUUUCAGGGGUGGGGGGAGUACAAGGAUUAGGGAGAGGGUAGGGGGUGGAGCACAGUCUCCUGUCCUUUACAGCUAUCUGUCCUAUACUUAGGGAACCUCCAUCCUUUCUUUAAAAUAUGUAUAAAAACCAGUAAAGCUGAGACAGAAUGGGAGGAAAGAAUAAAUCCUAUCAUCUGCACUAUUUUUAAAGGGGGAGAGGAAGGAGGGACUUUCCCACUCACUUUAAAGAGGACUUGUUUAUGACUGUGACCCCGCGCCCCCCUCUAAGAAAGUCACACCAACACCGAUCUAUCAUGUGUGUGUUUGUUGUAAGUGUGUAACCGCGAGGUUUGUUUGUCUUUUAAUCCGUGAGCGCCUGCAUAACUUACGUUUUCACAGCUGCCUGUCUGUGCAAGAUGGUGUGUGAGAGCAUGCUUUCCCAAAACAGCUUCCCUUCCUUCAACCCUGCUCCAUCAAACAAUGCAGAAGAAGACAACACCUUCUGGCUCAGGGUCCAUUUAGUUGUGUAAGGUGUAUGGAAUGGCAGACGUUUUUUUAUUUAGCACGUUGACCUCCUUUCUUUGCUGCCUUUUUGCUGUUUGUCACUGAUGCGCAGGGUAGAUGAUUGAAGGCAAACUGUACAGUUAAAGUGCCUUAAAAUCUUUAACACCUCCCUUUUCCUUCUUAAUUGCAAGAGACAAGUUAUGUUUCAAAUGUUAAGACUUGAGAAGUCUUGAGAAGACUUGAGAGCAUCCAAUGCAUGAUACAUUUCUAGAUUUUGAUAAUUGUUUU